UUGUAUCAGAUUCCUGAUCAUUCGCUAGGUAUUUCAAGAUUUCGUUCUCUCUCUCUUAUUUUGUUUUGUUUGGAUAUUAACAUUAAUGGCUUCGAUUCCGCGGUGGACGAGGUACGAUGACAAACGUUUUGAGAUAGCUCUGGCGCAAAUCCCGGAUAUUGAGAGAAUCGCCCAGAUUCUGCAUAAACCGGUGGAGGAGGUGGAGUACUACUACAACGCUUUGGUCUACGAUGUUGCGCUGAUUGAAUCGGGUGGGAUAGCUCUGCCAAAGUACGAGGAAGACUAUAACUUGCCACCGAAGAAAGCGACUGAGUCCAAAAGCCAGGGCAUUGGGAGAAAGAAGGGGAUUCCUUGGUCAGCCGAGGAACACAGAUUGUUUCUGGAUGGACUAGAGAAGUAUGGGAAAGGAGAUUGGAAGAGUAUAUCGAGAGAAUGUGUGAAGUCAAGGAGCCCGAUGCAAGUGGCAAGCCAUGCUCAGAAGUAUUUCUUAAGGCAAAGUUCUGACAGUAAGAAGGGAAAACGCUCGAGUAUCCAUGACGUGACUCUGGGAUAUGUGGACAACGUAACCGUACCUGGAUCCAACUUGAAUUGCAUGGGACACCAGCCACAUUUUGGUGACCAACUUCCUCUAGAUCAGUUUUACCACUACGACUCCCAGGACAAUAUUGGGCUUUUUGAGGAUGAUGAUGAUGGUAAGUGUUUGGCAAGAUUUGAAGAACUAUAUUACAAGCUUUGAAGUUGGAGAACUAUCUAUUAUAAGGCUUAUUUAAGCUUUUUAACGAAAUAUUUUGGUUUUAAGGUAUUAGAGUUUUUGUUUCUAGCCUAGACUUUAGUUGUAAAACAAA